CCUCGCGCUGUGCCGGCGCCGGCGGCUUGCACCACCGACCGUCUCCCAGAGGGACCUGCUCCGUUCCUGUACGUAUGUGAUUUGUGCGGUCCUCGGGAUGAGAGGUGCUGGAGGGAUGGAAACAUUGCGACCGAGCCGGGACGUGUGCUGGGAGCCCCCCUUUUUCUGCCAGCCGAGAUGCCUGUAUUGCAGCACUCAAGCCUCUGCAGUGCGAGGAACAGCUAUUUUACGCAGAAUUGCCGGCUGAGGACCGUAGCCGGCAGGCGACAGCCUCCCCUCGCAGCAGCCGUCUCCACCAGCCCCAGGCGCCCCUCAGCCUGCUACAGCUGCCACUCUUCUCCCAGCCAAAUCCGUCUCCUGGGAGAGCCCGCCACCCUCUCGCCGCCUCCACUCCAAAGCACCCGUCCCCUUGCAGCGUCCAGGCCUCCCACGCACACGCACCCCAUCUCCCCCGUGUGCUAGCAUCACCCGCCUUCUGCCGCUUGGCCCUUCUAUGGGCCAGUUGCCAACAUGAGCGCGGAUGCUGACCAUCUCCCAACAGGAGCCCAGGCGGUGAGCGUGCCCCUAUGGACCGCGUCCAGUUGGACAGCUUCCGAGGUCCCUCCCAACACGAGUGCCUCCUUGGCGGAGGUAGACCAGCGAGGGGCGGUUGAGUGGGGUGGCAAGGCAGGUGAGAUUGCAGGGAUGGUGGUAAUCCAGUGCAUCUAUGCCCUGGUGUGUCUGCUCGGGUUGUUGGGCAACUCCCUGGUGAUCUUCGUGAUCUUGCGCUAUGCAAAGAUGAAGACAGCCACCAACAUCUACCUGCUCAACUUGGCCAUCGCUGACGAACUCUUCAUGCUCAGCAUCCCCUUCGUGGCCACGUCGGCUGCCCUGCACCACUGGCCCUUUGGCCGGGCCCUGUGCCGUACCGUGCUGGGUGUAGAUGGGCUUAACAUGUUCACUAGUGUCUUCUGCUUGACUGUGCUCAGCCUGGACCGCUACAUCGCAGUGGUGCACCCGCUUCGAGCAGCCACCUACCGCCGGCCUCGCGUGGCCAAGAUGGUCAAUGGGGGCGUGUGGCUACUCUCGUUGCUGGUAGCCUCACCCAUCCCCAUCUUUGCUGGUACGGCAACUACCCACGAUGGCCAGGCAGUGGCAUGCAACCUGUUGUGGCCGAGCCCGGCCUGGUCAGCCGCUUUUGUCGUCUAUACGACCUUACUGGGUUUCCUGCUGCCGGUGCUAGCCAUGGGUCUGUGCUACCUGCUGAUUGUGGGCAAGAUGCGGGCAGUGGCUCAGCGGGUGGGCUGGCAGCAGCGCCGACGCUCCGAGGGCAAGCUCACGCGGCUGGUGCUCAUGGUGGUCGCCAUGUUUGUGGUGUGCUGGAUGCCCUUCUACGUGGUCCAGCUGGUGAAUCUCCUGCUGCCUGGCCGCUUGGAUGCCACUGUGAACAAUGCCUCCCUCAUCCUCAGCUACUCCAACAGCUGCGCCAACCCCAUCCUCUACGGCUUCCUCUCCGAGAAUUUCCGGCACUCCUUCCACGGCGUGCUGCGACGGUGCUUCGACACCAGCUCCUGCUGCUGCCACACUGACUCGGAGACAGCGGAGGAGGAGGAGGAAGAGGAGCCUCUUGACUACUGCGCCACUCCCCGGGGGGACGACAAGAACAAGGGCUGCAUGUGCCCACCGCUGCCCUGCCAGCAGGAGCCGGUGCACCCCGAGCCCUGCUGCAAGCCUGGCCCCCUCCUUACAAAGACCACCACCUUCUAAGGCGCUCAGCUCCCCGCAGCCUCUUCUUUGAGACCUCUGAUUGGGCAUCUCCGUCAGGCACAGGCACCCUCAGGUCUUCCUCCAUCCUGACAAAGGGAAGGACGAGCAAACACCGUGGCCGGAGAGAGAGCAAAUUCCUGUGCCUGCUGUUCUCAUUUACCCUGUACACUGACACGAGCGACUCCAGUCUGCGCGGUGUCCCCAGUGGGAGAGCAACUGGCUUUUUCCUUCGAUCUCUGGCCGAGCUGGGGGUUGAACCAGUGGUGGGAUCAGAUUCUGCCACCGUGGAGCCUACUGCCACACUCCAGGCACUACUUCUCCUGCAAGAACCUGUGGGAAACCCACCCUGGGGUAUCUGUUUUCUCUCUGUCCCUUCCGCCGCGCUCUGCCGGAGCUCUCCGUGGGGUUUCCUCCGCUUUCACGUUUCUUGGGAAUCUACUGGCCAGGGGCGGCUGGAAGCACUGGCUCCCAACCCUGCGACAGGUAACCUCACUGGGAGUUUUCCAUCUGCUUUCACUGGGGAUAAGACCUAACCCCAGGCUGGUAUGUAAAAUGCAAAAGACAGAGAUGCUAAACUUCUUCCGUCUCUUGCGAGAAGGGGUAUGACGUGCACAGCCACAGCUGCCGGGCCCUGCUGAAACCCUCGCCGU